CCUUCUUCAACUACUGUACCUCUGAAGCUGAAUCUUCUCCAGGAAACCUGAACAAUGUCUUCUAAUAAUGUCCAAACUGCUGUCUUGAGCAUCUCCAAAGCAAAAGAUGUGAGACAAGAAACCGCUCUUCUGAUGAAACCCUAUGCUAACUGGGAAGAGUUCCUGAUGCCAGGUCCACUCUCUAUUGCCAUUCUAGGGGAGUUGGUGUUCAUUUCAUCAAACGAUGACUUCUCCAUUAACAAGAAUCCACCCAAAGGUGGGUUCAAAUAUAUCCGCUAUCCAGAUUCCUUCCGAGCUUGUCUUAUGCAGGUGUCAAACAACGGAUGGGUGGCUUUUAAUGAAGCUCACAAGAACAUGGACCAAAUCCGACUUCACUCUGGCAAUGUACCAAAUUACAUGAAAAUGGCUGUGAAGACCCUCAUGCAAAGCAACACUGACAUGGUGAAAGCACUUCUACCUGGUCAGUUGCAAAACAUAGGAAACAUCGCCUCUGAGUGUGUCAGACUGGCAGAGACAACAGAAAAGAAAUUCACAGAUGUCAUUCUGCUCAUUCAGGAGAUGUUAGAAGCCUGCAUGAAUUCAAAGCAGUUUUAUGAAGAAGAUUUGAAAAAUAUCAAAAUGAAGUUAGAAGAAGCUAAAAUAAAGGAAGAGUCAGCAAAAUUAGCUAAAGAACUGUCAGAAACGAACCUAGGCCGACUGUCCAAACAACUUGACGAGGCUCAAGACCAGUUUAAGAAAUCCAUGGACUCAAUGCCUUCAGGCUGGGAACUCAUCGGAAUGAAUUUUGUGGAAGGCUUAACAGAGUCAAUGAAUAAUCUUGUUUCUGGAAUGGUUUCAGUUGCCACUGCACCAUAUUCAAUAGCCAUGGGUGUCAAAAACUUAAUUCAAGAUUUUAGUAAAAACGAAGUUCCCUUAAAUCCCUUGGUUGUUAAUGAUAUUUAUGCCAAAUCAGUUCAUCUGCUUAAACUGGCACAAGAAAUGCAUGCUUUUGUGGAUAAUGAUACAAUCAAAUGGAAAGAGAUAUAUAAUGAAAAAAAUGAAUCUCUAAGAUUUGAUUGGUUUAAAAACCAAUUUGAAGAUAUAGAAAUAAAAAUUAAAGACAAAGAUAAGUGUAUGCCCCUAGAGAAAGCAAUUAAGAUAUGUCAAGAUGGCAUCUCUAUUUGCUGCAAAAUGUCACAGUAUAACCCCCAGAAAGGCUUUACUGAUGAAGAGACCAGUGAAAUAAUUAGGCAGAUUAGAAAUCUAAAAGACCAAGCUGAAAGGUUUGACUCUGAGAGCAAGUCUUUCACUUCUUCUUCUGCCUUUCCUGCAACCCCUCCAAAUAUUCUUCAGCAAGGUACUGGAGAAAAGAAAGGAUCAGCUCAAGCUGCUUCUGACAAUGCUCGAUUUAAAAUUCAACAAAGCCAAGCCCACCUUAAGCAAGUGCAGGACACGUAUGAGAAGAAUAUGGAGAACUUAAAGAAGAACAACCAGGAGCUGGCUGACAUUCUUGUCACCAUGCACAGCUGUCAAGUAAAGGAGAUCAAUUUUAAUACCACAGUGAAAAUGCUGGUCAAGGGUCUUGAUGCCAUGGGGCGAGUGAAGGAGCAGUGGGAGAAAAUGGUUCGCUUCUUCCAAAUGAUCUCCAACUUGAUCAAAGCUUCCCUGGAUACGUCUUUGAAGCAGUUUGUUGGUGCAGCUAAUAAUGUCUCAAAAAUCGAAGGCUAUUCCUCUGAUUCUUUUGUUAAAGAUAUGAUCUAUACCUAUGCUUUCCAGUCAUCUAACAUUGCCAAUCUGGUCCAUAUGAUUGCUGGGACUUAUACUGAAGUUUCCAAUCUUUAUCUUAUGGACCGUGUCAGCAGCCUUGGCAAGCUCAUGGCACUGGAUCCAAAUAGCCCUCAGUUUGAAAGUGAACGUGCAAAACUGAAAAGCGAUUGUGAGUGUGCACAGGAGGGGAUAUGCAGUCUUGUUCAGAAGAAUAAAAAUGAUUUUGAUAAUCUCUUAAACGAAAGGGUCUUGAAAAUUGAAAAUGAGCUUCAGUCAGUGCUGCCACCAGUCUCAGACAUGGAGCGCAAGAGGAUUGAGAGCAAUGUGAAGGCUGGUCUAAAGGAGCUCACCGAGAAGGAAGAUGAUCAGGUCAUCUAGAUACUACAGAAAGUUAUGGAUUGCAUUUUGCUUUGCUUCUGAUGUUAAAAAUAACUCACUCUUAUGAAGACUUGCUUAAAAAGAUUUUUUGUUCCUGUGUCAAUCAUGAUAACCUAUAGCAGAUUGAUUAUUGCUAAUCCAUUAUGAAAACCUGAAAAGAUUUUUUGAAAAUCUAUUAAUAUGUGAAAAUCAAAACAGUGAAACCAGAUUUUAAGUUAAAA